AUGAAGCUAGAAAUCAAGCUUGAUGAUAUCUUAAAUAAGCAGAUGGUUUGCCUUGAAGAUUGGGCCAUAUUUGAGAGAGAACAUGUCAGUUCUUUAGCUGGCGCCAUUGCAGACUUGGAAGGAAAUACUCUGCGCCUUCCACUAACCGGAGGAACAAAGGUGGACCUCAGAUCUCUGAAGUUGGCUAUGUCAUCAGCUCUUGAUGUAAUGCAUGCUAUGGGAUCAUCCAUAUGGUCUUUACAGUCUCAGAUUGAAGAGAUGACUAUACUUUCUUCGGAUCUUGCCGUUAUAGCUACAAAAGAGAAUUUCAUGCUUGGUAGAUGUGAAGAAAUGUUGGCAUCAACCGCAGUCAUGGAGAUUCCUCGAAUCCAGAUAGAAGAGAGUAGCCUCAUGACUGAUUUAAUGCAAAAGAAUCAAGAAUAA